UUGCUUGCCCAACUUCUGCCCGACAUCAUCCCGUCCAUCAUCAGUUAUCCAGCCAUGAAGCGACAAAUCAUUUGGCAAUAAUUAAAAUAAAAGAAGAAGCAAAGAGGGGGGGAAUUCAGUAAAAAGUAUUUAAGCAGCUGAAUACGAUAAUUCUGUCGGCCUCUCACGCCUGAUUAUACCAAUGAUACAAUGGCCUCCGGCCAACCAGAUGGACUGUCAGAGGCCACUGCCCAAGUCAUCAUCAUCGGUGGAGGACUGAGUGGCCUACAAGCUGCCCAUGACCUCCAGGAGUCAGGCGUCUCCUGUCUGAUUCUCGAAGCUCGUGAUAGAGUUGGAGGGAAGCUGUGGUCGAUUCCCUUGGGCGCCGGCAAAGGAUAUGUCGACCUUGGAGGAGCUUGGACGAACAAUGUGAACCAGCCCAAGGUUACCGCGCUCGCUGAAAAGCUCGGGCUGCAAAUGAUUAAGCAGAAUAUUAUAGGCGACUGCAUUGUGGAAGACUAUGGAAGAUUUCGUUACGGUAGCGACCCGCCGCUCUCUAGAGAAGACCAAGCAACAUUCGUUGAAGUCAGAAAUCGCGUAGAGGCUCUGUGCCACACAGUCACCAUCGCCGACUUCGACCAAGUUCUGGCCGAAUAUGGCCACAUGAGCAUGGACGAGCUCGUAAUCUGCAUGGGCGCUACGGAAACUGUGCGUCGAUUGGUCAACAUCUGGACCACCGCCAUGUUGGGCGUUGAGUCGACCCAACUCAGUGCAAUAUUCUUCUUACACUACUGCCAGGCUGGAGGGGGGCUUCUUCAAAUGCGAUCCGACGAUGCUGGUGGUGGCCAGCAUCUGCGUUUCCGAAAUGGAUCACAGUCACUGUCAUAUGGUCUUAGAGAUGGCCUCGAACCAAACACCGUUAUGUACUCUGCCGUUGUGGAACGAGUUGAGCAAAAUUUGACUAGUGGAUGUCAAGUUACAACACGAGACGGUAGGAUAUUUCGCUCUGAGCGCGUUAUAUCCACUGUUCCGAGCGUUUUAUUGAAUAAGAUUACCUUCUCACCCUCACUGUCGGCAGACAAAAUCUGGCUCAGUGCUCACAGCAAGCUCGGAUUUUAUGCCAAAGUAUUUCUCAUCUAUUCGGAACCUUGGUGGCGCAAGUUCGGUCUCUGUGGCCUGUCACAGGGAUUUAAUGGACCCGUAUCCUUGACGAGAGAUGCUUCAAAUGACCAGGAUGGGCUGUUUGCUUUGAUCUGCUUCGUAGUAGGCCAAAGGGGCAGAGAGUGGGCACUGAGAGAAGAGCAUGACCGCUUGGCAGAGGUGAUUGCUCAUGUGGACCGCAUUUAUGGGGUGGAAAUCCCGCGACCUAUAGAAACCCGAGAGCAGAUUUGGAAUAAAGAGGAAUUUUCCCAGGGAGCUCCUUGUCCUGUGGUUCCCGCUUAUUGCUUGAGGAGCCUAAGCCAAGACCAGUGGAGGCCAGAGGGAUUUAUUCAUUUUGCUGGAACAGAGACCAGUACUGUUUGGAAAGGAUAUAUGGAGGGGGCUAUGGUUUCAGGCAGCAGAGCAGCAAAAGAAGUUUUUGAUAUCCUGUCUACAAGUUGAGUUACGAGAAUACAGAACGAGAGUGCAUCCACUGUGCAGUGGUUGAACAAUUCUUGACAAAAGGAUACGAUGCGUGUAAAUCACAAAUGAAAAGUGGGAGUGAAAUGCUAGCCUGUGAGAAAUAAUUGAAGUUGAUAGAAUGGGUACAUACGUGCUACAGCCUCUGUG